AAACUUAAUUCUAACUGGCAAAAAUAACCGGGAUUCCUUAGUUCAUGGAGAACAUUUGAGCGUGAGAAGUGCAGUGUAAUUUAUAAAAGUUUAUUAAUAAAAUCAACUACAUAACUCUAUUGGUUUAAUAAUCUAUGCGAUGGCCAAACAAAUAACAAAUAUUGCAAAGAAUGGCUUUUCAUUGUUUAAUAAAAAUACCUUGAGUUGUGUAAAUAUUAACGUAACUAGAUUAUUAUAUACACCAAACUCGUUAGGACUAGAUGGAUAUUUAAAUUCAAGAGAUUAUGUAAAGCAUCAGUUUUUAAGUAUGGAUACGAUGUUCCGUCAAAAAAUGAACGACAAUAUAAGUAAUUAUGGAGAUGAGCGAUUAAUUUUUACGGAGGACCUAAAGAACAUGUUACACUUAGUUGAAAAAAAUCCAUCUGACUUAGAACUUAUGUUAAAAAUGAUUAAAAAAUAUAAUUCACAAAAUAAAUUAAGAUUUGGUAGUUUUGUAUUUGGAACUAUUGUCAUGAGAGUAUACUAUUAUCUUGACGAAGUCGACUUAGCCCUUAAUGCUUUGAGAGAUCCGGAACUAAAUGGUUUCUUUGAUCAAAUUACAAGCUAUCAAUUGAUAAUGGAUUUAUUAUAUAAUCAUGGUAAAUAUAUAGAGAUUAAGGAAUUGUAUGAUGAUCUACAACAAAAAUGUAUUAAUGGGCAACCUCACCCUAGAAAUCCAUUUAUUUUGGUAAUGGCAGCUUGUUACAAAGAGAAUACACCAGAAAGUUAUGACUAUGCUUUAAAAGUACUGAAAGAUUCGCAACUGAAAGGCAAUCGUAAUCCACGUAGAUCUAUUAUGUACUUGGCAGCGUUAGCUCUCAAACAAAAUGAUCCACAAACCGCAUUGGAAAUAACAUCAUUAGCAAGAAAUCCAAAUUAUAUUGCCAUCAGAUGUCUUAAAAUUGAAAGUUAUGUGAAAUUAAAACGUCCCGAAGAAAUUAUGAUUUAUUUACGCAAUUCUUUACAAGUAGAUUCAUCGGCAACUAAACUAUCAUAUUUCUCAGAUACGGUAUACAAAAUUGACAAUUUUAUAAACGAGGAAAACCUUGAGAGCAAUCAUGACCUCGUACAACUACUAAAACAAAUAAAACAGCAAGAUUUUAUUCAAACUGGAACAUUGAGCAAUCAUCUUGAUUCAGAGAUUCAAGUACUGAAACACGAUAGAAAUCAAACGUUCGAUAAAGAAUUUAACCACAAUAGAAAACGCAAAGUAACAUUUCCAGAAAUGAGAGGCGUAGUAUAG